AUGGGCAAAGUGGUGAUCCCUCGCAACAUUGUUGAGAGCAAUGAAGAGGGCGUGACCGAGUUCGUGCCAGAUGACCAUGUCCUGCCAGUGUUCAUUGGCCAGUGCAAGGAAUGUGCUCACUAUAAUUUUUGUGACCUCUACAGGAUCAAUGUUGACCGGGGCAUGCUGAUAGAUUUAGAAGGCCUCGCAAAAACGGCAAAGGGUUUGAGGGUGGCGAUUUUUAGCCUUGGAUUUCCAGCUAAGAAAUUUUGCUGCACCGACUUUGUAAACCCAAAGGAUCACACCAAGCACUGCAUGAGGUAUCGGUGGGGCAUGGUUAGGCUGGUGGGUGUCCCACACAAGGAGGUGGCAUUCAAUACCCACCUGAUGAACUUCCUAAGUGGCAAGACCUUGAAAGGUGCCUUCUUUGGGAACUACAAGCCGCACACCAACCUCCUAGAUGUUGUCAAGAUUUACGCGAGGAAGGAGCUGGAGCUGGAGAAGUUCAUCACGCACGACGGACCUUUCUAA